AUGGUGUGUUCACGGCCAAUGCACAGAUGGGACACGACCUACGCUCUCCAGCGAGUGCAUACCUAUAUUAUUGGACGAAAAGUAAAGUGUAACCUUUCAAGGCAAUCGAAGAAUCGAAGAUAUCAAGAUUUCCCAUCGCAACACACUAGUUGGCUUUUAAAGCUCCAAUUAAACAACAAGAUACUGGGUGGUCGACGGAGAAACGCCUAA